AUGCAAGUUUCUCUCGUAUUCAUCUUUGCUUUAAUUCAUCUUUGCCAAUCGAAUAUCUUAUAUCGAAUUGAUAGCAAACGAAAAGAUGUGCACUUGAAUUCGGCAUACAUCAUCGGUGCUGUCGCUUCACACGAAUUUCGUAACAUAAGACCAAGUACUUUGCCUGAAAGCGAAGAAGUCUGGGUCGAAACAGAUGUUGUUCAAUCUGAUUUUCACAAACUUAGCGGACAAUGUGCUCAACAAUCGAUACAAUGGAAAUCAAAAGAAAUCCUCCGAUCUUCAUCAUCGGACUUCCUUGAAAAAUUUCGAGAAAACAUCGUGUCACGACCAUCAGAAGUCGAUGCUGCAUGGCAGAAUUUCUUACACGAUUCUUUUUCAAUAAAUGAAAGCUUUUCCAAGUGGAAUAAUCCAAUGCUUCAAGAUUAUGUGUAUUAUGGAUAUGUUUUUGACGCUUAUCGUCGAAAUCAAUCCGUGAAAUCUCUUCUACCACUUCCUUCAACUUGUCCUGAGUUCUCAAAGUCUCUUAAGUUACGAGAUCAACUGUUGAAAUCCGAGUUUCUCAUGUUGGCAGAUGAUGUUCUUCGAAUGUAUACAUGCGGUCUGAUCUCCGAAGACUUAUUUCGAAGCAGUUUCAAUGAACAGGAAAUAAAAUCUAUCAAUAAUCGCAACGAACAAAUGGCACAACGUAUUCAUCAAUUAUUAACACAAAAGCCAAACACAAAAUAUUUCUUUCUUGUCAAUGCAGUCAACUUUUUGGGUAAUCAAAGUGUUGUGAAAUUACUUGAAGAUCAAGGAUAUUCUUUGGAACGAGUCUAUUAUCAACCAAAUCCAUUAGCAGAAAAAUGUGCAGACAAGGAAUUUAGAGAUAAAUAUCAACAUCCAGAUAAGGACAUUACGAAUGCUGUGACGAUAUACUUGAAGAAUUUCAAUAUUGAUCCAUUAUUUUACUUUUAUUAUUACUUUACUUCACUCUGUAUGGUAUCAACCGAUUCGAUUAAAUCGGAUUGUCCAUUCAAUGAUUUAAAUUGGAUGAAAAUAGCUGCAUGA